GGUGUCAUACAUACCCUACGCGGCAGAGAGUACUUAAAUUCUGCUGGAAUUCUUGCUGGGCCAGGAUAAGGUUAACCAGCAAAGGGUCGGUCGCGGGGCGCGCUGCUUUUGAGGUGCUAAUUCAUGCGGUUUCGUUUUCGGGUGUCGAUUUCCGUGAUGACAGAACCAGAAACGAACGUGCCGGCAAACCACACACAUCAUGGAGAGCGUCAAGAAGCCACAGCACAUCCUGCAGCUGAGCGAGGAGCAGAGAGGCCGUUUUGUGGCCUCCUUUGAUCGGGUGCUGAGCGACAUCGAUGGCGUUGUAUGGAGCAUGGAGCACACUGUACCGCGGGCCGUGGACGGCUAUGCGGCCUUGCAGCGUGCCGGCAAGGAGCUGACCUUCGUGACCAACAACAGUGUGCGCAGCAUCGAUCAGUGCGUGAGGCGUUUCGAGAAAGUCGGCCUGCAGGUGGCCCCCGCACAGGUGUGGCAUCCGGCCCAGUCGAUUGUCCUCUAUUUGCGCGACAUACGGUUCGAGGGGCUGAUCUACAUCAUUGCCAGUGCGGCGUUCAAGGCGGUGCUCCGGGAGGCGGGCUACCAGCUGCUGGAUGGCCCCAACGAGUUCAUUGAGGAGAGCUACGAGAGCCUGGCCAAGACCAUCUUUGACCGCCAGCCCGUGCGCGCCGUCAUUAUCGAUGUGGACUACAAUCUGACAUCGCCAAAGCUGCUGCGCGCCCACAUGUAUCUGCGGCAUCCCGAAUGCCUGCUAAUCGGUGGCGCCACCGAUCGCCUGCUGCCCGUGGCCAAGGGUGUGAACAUCAUUGGACCGGGUCCCUUUGCCUCCAUCCUGAUCGAGGCGAGCGGCCGGCAGGCUAUCACGCUGGGCAAGCCCGGACGCGAGCUGGGCGAACUGCUGAUCAAGCAUCUGAAGAUCAGCGAACCGCAGCGUGUGCUCAUGGUGGGCGAUAUGCUGGCCCAGGACAUACACUUUGGCCGGCAGUGUGGCUUCCAGACGCUGCUCGUCCUCAGCGGUGGCUGUACGCUGGAACAGCUUCAGGCGGAAACAUCGCCGGAUCUGCUGCCCGACUACUAUGCGGACAGUGUGGCCGAUGUGGCACAGCUGCUGGGCGAGGCACCCAAGGCGCAUGUUUAGCACUCUCUCUUCUCUCUCUUCUCUUUUCUUUGUUUUUCGGGGGGUAAUGGGCAGUUGUUGGAUUUUUGAUUGCUAAUCAGCACAACAUCAUAUUUUAAUCGUUAUCUGAAAUAUAGUUGGCACUAAACAU